AUGUACACAGAGGAUACACGUCUACUUUCAAUUAGAACAAUUCUUAUGUAUGUGGCGUGCUUUGUUUUAGCAGCUAUACCCUUCUGCAUAUAUCCAUUCCUUGGCUAUGUGGAAAAAGCAGAAGAAACGCAAAAAGAAGUUACUGACGAGAUGCCUAUAGAGGCCAAAUAUUUUAAAAAAGAACCCACUGCACAAACCCGAUGUAGAAAGUACAAUUCAGAAAAGACUUUCCCAAUAGAGAAAUAUGAAAGCACCGAUAUGCACAAGAAAGAAGAGGGAGAGGAUGAAUAUUUGUCUCUAAUGGUUGAGUAUUUGCUUACCAUAGAUCACAACACAGACACAUCAAGUGAAGAAUUUUUCAAUGACUACAUACUAGAGCUAGUGAUGCAGGAAAAAAGCAAUAAUGCAAGAACUAAUCCCAGUCUCUCUGUAUAG